UGCAGGCGGCCCUGGAGCCCGCCCGGACGGCCCUGGGCCUCGCCAUGGACCUGUGCCAGCCAGAUGCAGAGGAGCUCACCAAAGGGGAGACGGAGGAGCUGGAACAGAUCAAAUGGCACCGGAAGCAGCUUCUGGAAGACAUCCAGAAGCUGAAGGAGGAGAUCGCUGAUGUGUUCGCCCAGAUCGACUGCUUUGAGACGGCCGAGGAGAGCCGGAUGGCCCAGAAGGAGAAGGAGCUUUGCAUUGGGCGGAAGAAAUUCAACAUGGACCCCAUGAAGGGCAUCCAGUACCUCACCGAGCACAAGCUGCUGAGCACUGACAUCCGGGAAAUCGCGCAGUUCCUCUACAAGGGGGAGGGGCUCAGCAAGACGGCCAUCGGCACCUACUUAGGGGAGAGGGACCCCGUCAACCUGCAGGUCCUCCAGGCCUUCGUGGACUGCCAUGAGUUCGCCAACCUCAAUCUUGUGCAGGCGCUCAGGCAGUUCCUGUGGAGCUUCCGGCUGCCGGGGGAGGCCCAGAAGAUCGACCGCAUGAUGGAGACGUUCGCCACCCGGUACUGCCUCUGCAACCCGGGCGUCUUCCAGUCCACAGACACCUGCUACGUGCUGUCCUUCUCCGUCAUCAUGCUCAACACCAGUCUGCACAACCCCAACGUCCGCGACCGGCCACCCUUCGAGCGCUUCGUGUCCAUGAACCGCGGCAUCAACGGCGGCAGCGACCUGCCCGAGGGGCAGCUGCGGAGCCUCUUCGACAGCAUCAAGAGCGAACCCUUCUCCAUCCCCGAGGACGACGGCAAGGACCUGACACACACCUUCUUCAACCCCGACCGCGAGGGCUGGCUGCUGAAGCUGGGGGGGCGUGUGAAGACGUGGAAGCGGCGCUGGUUCAUCCUCACGGACAGCUGCCUCUACUACUUUGAGUACACCACGGACAAGGAGCCGCGGGGAAUCAUUCCUCUGGAAAACCUCUCUGUGCAGAAGGUGGACGACCCCAAGAAACCAUUCUGCCUGGAGCUCUACAACCCCAGCUGCCGGGGCCAGAAGAUCAAGGCCUGCAAGACGGACGGGGACGGCAAGGUGGUGGAGGGCAAGCACGAGUCCUACCGCAUCUCGGCGGCCAGCGCCCAGGAGCGCGACCAGUGGAUCGAGGCCAUCCGGGCCAGCAUUACCCGCGUCCCCUUCUACGACCUGGUCUCGGCUCGGAAGAAGAAGAUCGCCAGCAAGCAGUGACCUUCCGGGGACCCCUGCCGUGCUCGCCCUCCCCCCAUGCUCCUCGCUUGCAGCUGACGGGAAGGGGAGGCAGAGCUCGGGUGGGUGGUCGGACCCCGGUCUGGCUGGGCGUGAGGGCAGCAGCUGAAGGACCCGCCCGUCCUCGCGGGGCCUAACUUCUCUCUGAGCUGCCCCCGGCACCGGGGGGCCUGGGCCGCGCCUUCCGUGAGUGAGCGGGGGGUGGGGGGCCCUCUGCGCGCGGCUCCCCUGUGCCCAGGCCCUCUACAGCCUGCUGCGUGCACCGCGCCGAGGGCCAUACCCUCUCUGGCUCUGGAACCUGCGGGGUUGGGUACAACGCUGUCCCCGCCCCUGUGGUCCCCCCUCCACUCGGUCGGGUGGAGACAGGGUCGCGCGCGGUCGCGCCCCUCUCCCAGCCGCCGGUCACUGCGCCGGGCUCUCUGGUCCGCGCAGCCGGGAGAGCCAGAGCGGGCGCUGCCACCCAAGGGGACGUGUUGGCGAGGAAGCCCCCCAGCAAGCGCAGAGAGCACCCCCAAAGGGCGGGCUCAAGCAGGAUGGUGGGUGGUCAGCCCGACCUAGAAGCUGAGAAGAGGGCCUGCUUUGUGAGGCGUGGUCACCAGGAGGACUGCUUGGAGGCAGUGGCCAAGUCGAGGCGGGGUCCAGCCAAGAAGCACGGGGCAAAGGCAGCCUGGGGGACCACCGGGUAUCCCCAGGUAUCUGCAGGGCAGCCUCCGUGCACCCUGGGGCUCACGGGAGCAACCCAAGGUAGGACAGGGCUCCCCGGCAAGGGCAGCCCGCCCCCUCGAAGGAGGCCAGCGCCCGGGGGAGGAGCAGCUCUGACUCUCACGGGCCAGGAGGGCCCCGAGGGCACUCCCCAGAGGGCGGCCGGCAGCUAGGCCAGCCUGAGCGGGUGCAGGGAACGUCCCAGAGGUGGCACAGGUCACUCCUGCCUCCCGGGCACCGCGCAGGCAUCCUGUGUGGGGUCAGGAGGACGCGGUUACCCCGUGAGGUGGUGGGAGCCCCGUCCCCGGGGGUCUGCAAGUGCCCGGGAAUGCGGCUGCACCAGAGACGGUCAGACUGAGUUUCACAGGCCCAGGACAGCAGGCCGUGGGGGGGCCUCUGCAGCCUCGUUUAACCCUGGGGGGGGACAGCUGGGCGCACGGAAGGAGCACUGGACUGGGAGCAGGACCUCCUUCCCAGAAGCUGGCUGCAUGAUCUCAGUCCACGCCCUUCCCCUCUCUGGUCCCCAGCUCCCUCCCUCCCAUCGCUGGGGGGGGGGGGGUGUGCCACUCUUCUGGGUGACUCUCCUCUGCGGAGGAGAGAAUAAAG